AUGAGAAUUAACAAAGAUGAAGCAGUCGACCUCGGUGGUCGAUCCAUCCAAGUCGUUGUGGGAUCUUCAACUCCAGUGACAUUCAGCGUACAUGAGAAGGUGAUCUGCGCAUCCUCCGAUUUCUUCAAAAAGGCUGUGCUGGGCGGCUGGAGAGAAUCAGAAGAAGGACUGGUCCGGCUCGAGAGCGACAGCCCAGACGUGUUCAACGUCUACAUGCAGUGGUUGUACUACCGCACAAUUCCUGUGCGGAUCGACGAGCCAGGGAUUAGGGGAAAUGCUGAAUAUAUGCUGCUGGCGAAAGCUUUUGUACUUGGGGACAAGCUGCAGGAUGGCGGCUUUCAAGACGCCGUCAUGGAUGCAAUGGUGGACAAGACGUCUUCCGAAGCGUCCGACAGCCAAAAGUGGUUUCCAGUCGGUCCCGUCAUUCGCUUCAUCUACGAAAACACGCUCGCAUCAUCCAAAGCGAGACUGUUCCUCGUAGAUGUAUACACAUUCCACGGACACGGCAACUGGUUGACGGAUUGGGCGACUCAGGACGAUCUUCCCAAAGAAUUCCUAUUCGAUGUCGCUCGCUCGAAGUUGGUGCCGCGGUCAGUUUCCGCCGGAAAAACAGCUAUCCGGGUAGGGUCAUUUGGGUGCAGCUGA